GUGUGAGGCGCACUCGUCUUUGAGCACGACAGAAAGCUACGCAUAGAUACCAGCGAUUGAUUUCACUCUUGUUUGGCUGCGCGUUUUCGCCGUGCCCAGGAUGUGGGUUCGUCUGUUCAACCGUGCUGUGUGCGGUGUAUGAAUGGCAGAAGCACCGAGCCGGAGACGCUUCGCCUUGGACUCUUUGGACUCUUUGGACACGCACGGAGGGCAUGGAUGCUGGACAGUAAACUGCAGAGCCUGAGCGGUGAAGAUGCAGCACACCUCAUGUACAGAGGACAGGAUCCAGCAUGCUCUGGACAGGUGUCUGGACGGGCUGAGACAAAGCCCCACAGCAGCACACCACUGGAACGUGCUGAUGUGCGCAGCGGGUCAGUCAAUGAACCGCUGGAGCCUGGAGGAAUUGGUGAAGAGAGACCCCGAGAAUUUCCUCAUCCUCUUACAGCAGAUCAUCACAAAGACCAAAGAGGUUCAGGAGCAGUGUCAGUAUGAGCUGGUGGCUCCCCUUGCUAUCAUGUUCUCCUCCACGCUGCUUCAGACACCCUACUGUCCUCCAGACACAGAGCUGCUGGAGGAAGCUAUUGAGGUGUUUCGCUGCUUCCUCACCUGGCCUGAGCCUUACUGCAGUGUGUGUAAAAACCUCCUCUCCACACUACAUCUGGAGAUCAAGGCCCCAGGGAUUUCCUUUCAGAGACUGGUGAGAGAAGAGCAAGGCCUCAACACCUCCAGCCAGUGCUCCAAGACCAUGACCGUGCUGCUGAUGAACCCGGGCGAGGUGCCCACUGACUUUCUCUCAGUGGCGGAGCAGCUCAGUCACAUUCAGCACUCGCAGAAGGAGACCUACAUCACCCUGAUCAAACACGCCUUCCAGUCCACACUAGGCACCAAGUACCCUCUACACAGUAUCCACAGAGCCCUGAAGGGAAAAACUGGGAAUGAAUUGGGUGAGAUCUUCUCCGCGGUGAGUGACGUCUUAGAGACGGCCGCUGACAUAAGUGACCCUCUGAAGGGGCGCAGUCAUGUGAUCCAGGGACUGGAGGGACUAAGGGAGAAGUUGAGAAUCCCGGCAUCCAAUGGAAGGAAGUCGGAUGGAAUGCUGCAGACGCUACCAUUGCCUACAGCCAAGUGUUACAUGUUUCACUGGGAAAAAGAUAACUUUGAUGUUCUGAACACCCUUUUGGAGCAUGACCGUGACUAUCUCACCACUAACAGGCAUGCUGAGGAAGAAGAGGACACUGAUGAUGACGAUGAGGAGGAUGCGACAGAGAUGGAUGCCGAAGAAGAGGGGGAGGAAGAAGACAAAGAAGAGGAGGAACAUGGAGUAGAAUUGCCUUCAAUGUCUAUCAUCUCUAAUGACUACAGCGACAACCGCGCCUCCACCUUCUCCACCACCUCCUCCCUGUCCACUGCCUCCAAAGACUCCAUGUUCUCCACCUUGUCUGUAACCUCAGAGUUGUAUGCUCCGUCGCUCUUCUCGGUCACUUCCGGCACUGAUAGUGACUACUGUGAAGAUUCCGAUGACUACAGCUGCUCCUCUCCCGUCGCGGAUAAAUGCUCGCCAAAGUCUACCAAAGCUUCGGCUCGGCUCAGCCAGCACUUCUACAGGCUCUUCAUCAAACCCAAGAACCCUCGGUUACUGUACCGGGCAAAAAGCCUAGGAAACACAGAAUCAAAAGACAUUUUAGUGGUGCGAGAGAACCGCUCCAACUCUUUACCACAGCAUGUCAAGUUACGUAGUCCUGAGCCCCUACUCCAGCCGCAAAGUCAAGCUCUUAGACAUGUCUGCUUCAGAAGGAGGCCUAUUCUAAGCAGUGAUGAGGACAAUAAGAAUACAACACUGAGGGUGGUUGUGUUUGGUGCUGAUCAUGUAGCAGGGAAGGUGGCCCGAGCCUACAAUAGCUUGAGGAGGAAGGAGAGUGCGUGUCCAACUCUCAGCAAGGCCUUCAAGCUUCAGUUCUACUUUGUGCCUGUGAAGAGGGACUCAGCAGGAGGACCAGGGAGUCUGAGGUCCCGUAGUCCUGUGGUUCAAGCUGGAACUCUAAAAGGAGCGGCCCUGUCUAAUGGUCUUCACCUCACGAACACAGGGGACAGUACUAAUGACAUCGCCCAUCUCCUUGGUAUGUUGGACCCUUGGUACGAAAGAAACACCCUUAGCCUGCUUAACUUGCCCGCCAACGUUGUCUGCAAGCAAACCUCAAAGACGGAAUCAGCAUCCUAUGAUAGUUCUUAUGAGCAGCGUCUACCCAUCCUGGCUGACCUGGUCCUGUACUACUGCCGCUAUGCUGCCUGGCCAGCUCUGAUCCAGCUCUAUCAGGCUGAGUUGUUGUUAGCUUCUGGAGAAAGGAGGACUGAGGUGUUCGUCCACUCCCUAGAGUUGGGUCACACUGCAGGAACGCGAGCCAUCAAGGCCAUGGGUGCUGCCAGUAAACGGUUUGGUAUUGAUGGUGACCGAGAAGCAGUUCCUCUAAUGUUGGAGGUGGUGUACAACAGGGUGGUGGUUAGUGGGAGAAGCCAGUGGAAAAGAGAAACAAAAGUCUGUACCUCAGUAAACUUGACCAAAGCAUGCAAGAACCCUGAGGAACUAGAUUCAAAGAUGGAGUGCCUGCAGCUCACGAUGACUGAGGUUCUGAAGAGACAGAACGGCAAAAGCAAGAAGGGCUAUAACCAGCAGCUGAACGUGACAGAGGUGAAGGUGGACAAGGUGCAGGUCAGCGGGGCUGGAAGCACUACCUUUGCUGUGUGUCUGGACCAGGAUGAGAAGAAGAUACUACAGACUGUCACCAGGUGUGAAAUAUCGGUGUGCUAUAAACCUGACAGCUCCACUGACUGGAGACUAAGAAAAUCCCGGACCUCAGCCCAAAUCCAGCCUCUCCACCCCACCUUCUGCUCCCUCCUCUGCCUGCCCAUAGUCACUUUCAGUGGGGCUCUUCCCUGAGCCCUGCUGACCACUGGUUUGGGUGGAUUGAAAGGAAGGAUUCUGUGAACUUUUAUCCAUAUGCUCUGAACACUGACUGCAGAGGAGAAGUGCACAGGAUGUACAGUUUUAUCAUUUCUGCCUGGUGUCUUGAAGCUGUUGUGGUCAAGUUCACUUGGUGGUGUCCUCAAACGGCAGUGGGACACAACUGGACUUGGCCAGAAGGGGUCAUCCGGAACCUGCACACCUGGCUAGCCUCUGGAUACAAACACAUACCAAAUGACCCAAGAAACAAAGAAUGACUACAGAUACAGUAGUUCAAAUGACGAUGAAUCCAGGUUUUGCUGUACCAAGCAAUAAUUGACUAUUGUUAAGGAAACCGUUCAAGUUUCUUUUUUUCAGGUUUCAGUUCCUCUUUAUAAACCUGCUGACAAGACCGUACUAUGUAAUAGCUCUGUUAGGGGCAAUUAUCGGACUAUGUGACUAUAGCUGAGAAUGGACACUAUGAAUUUAAACGAGAUGUAUAUAUUUUGUUUGUAAAAAAUGAUAUUGCAUACUAUAACUUGAAUGUCACACCGUAUCUUUUAUGUCUGUUAUACAUGGGCUAUUAGUUAUAACAUUUCUCCUAAGGAGUUACAAUGUCACUGUUUUAACUGGAGUUAUAAUUAUGACCAGCAGGGGGCUCUGUUGACAUUCCUUUUGACUUCAACUGAAGUACAGAUUAAUCCAGAGUUUGUGACACUUAUAGUAAAGUCUAACUUUGUAAUGGCUGUAAGGUGGCAAAUGUAUAAACCAUAUUUUAAUGAUAGCAUUCAUUUCAUCAAGGGCACAGAUGGAAGAUUAAGUUUUCUUAAUAUGGUGCUAAAAAUACAUUUGCAUGCACAUUUUCUUUAUAAAAAAAUUUACUUUUUCAUUCCACUUUGCAUACUGUAAACUAUGACAUUUUUUUAAGAGUCUUUUUUUUGUUUGUUUCUGAAAUGGGAUAAUAUCCUGAUCACCUGACUGAGAGUGAAAAAGUAGCACUGCAUAGACAUUUCUUGUAUGGAAUCAAAGCACUUGAACAUUAGAUUAAAUGAAUUAGGUACUUUUAUGUUCAGAUAAAUGUCCGGCACCACUGCCCUCUCCUCCCCUGACAUGCCUUCUGUGAUGAAAUAUUGCAAAUGCAAUAUUGGUUUUAUAGUUUUAUGUGUAGCAUCCAUGCAAUGGAGACAUUUCAAUUUCAGUGAUCAUUAAAAUAUAGGUAUGUCUUCAACUGAAGAGUUUCAAGUUUCAUCUUGAUUUUUGCCUUCAUUUAAAGAGGAGCUUGUGUAUAUUAUAAGUUUGUUAUUAUGUACAUAUACCAGGAAUAUGAAUAAAUAUACAGUGGUGGAAUGUAACUGAAUGAAUUUACAAUAGUAUUUACUGUAUUUAGGUAAAAUUUUGAGGAACUUUUAGCUU